AUGACUUCUUAUGAGUUGCUGAUUUUAAAAUACUACUACACACUUACACCUUCCAUCCUGAAACUUCUCAUGAUAUCACAUAUUGAUUUCACUGCCCCAUCGUGGUUUGUAAGUUAUUACUAUAUCAUCGGUGCGAUAAAUGUUAUUUUAAACUCUUAUACACUUUGGCUGGUUGUUUUUAAAGCUGACAAAAUUGAUAAGUUUAAAUAUUUUUUGUUUUCGUUUCAGUUGUCUUGCCUAUCCGUCGACUUCUACAUCACUUUUCUGUUCCAACCUCAACCCCUUCAUCCGCUUCCCGCUGGAUUCUGUACAGGACUAUUAUGCUCUUUCUUUAGAUGUUCCACGCUUAUGACAAUAGUCCUCGCACUAAUUGCCUUCCAGCUGAACGCAAUAUUUUUGUGUUUUCUCAAAAAACUUUUAGCGUUUCGAGAAAUGAAACGAGUGGGAACGAAUUCACACUUUCCAAAAAUUUUGUUUGGCAUCUUUCUGAUUAUAAGUUGUUUAGAUGUGACUUGUAUGCAUUUUUCUGGAUUAGAUGAAGACGAAGAACUUGAGCUUGUUAGAACGAAAUACCGUACCUACGAAAAACAGUUUCUUGAAGUCUACGACUCUCUAGCAGUUUACGAUAUUAAUGUCUGGUGGAUAGCACUUCUCUCUAUCACAGUGUUCGGAUCUGCGUAUUGUGUACCGUUUUAUAUUUUAUCCACUUAUAGCAUGCAUAAAAUUCUAGCUGAUUUAUCUAGAAAUCUAUCUAGAAUUAAUCAAAAGAAACAGAAAUUGGCUCUGAUCAGUUUGGUGGUUCAACUGAUUGUGUUAGCAACAGCUAUACUUCCGGUUGGAUUGUUGGCAAUUUUGUUGAUGAUCGAAUUUAAUUAUGCACAAAUUGCUACGCGGAUCGAGUUAAUGGUUUAUUGUUUCCACUCAACUGCGAAUGCAAUAGCUUUAAUUCUAACAACUCCACCAUUCAGAAGAUUCACUUUUUUCUGGACUGUCAAAAGAAAAAACUACUACACACUUAAUCAUUUGAUUCUGGUACUUGUCAUGAUAUCACAUAUCGAUUUCACUGCUCCAUCGUGGUUUUUAUCGUGCCUAUCCGUCGACUUCUACAUUACUAUCCGGUUCCAACCUCAACCCCUUCUUCCGCUUCCCGCUGGAUUCUCUGAUUUAUCUAGAAGUAUAUCUAGUGUCAAUCAAAAGAAACAGAAAUUGGCUCUGAUCAGUUUGGUGGUUCAACUGAUUGUGUUAGCAACAGCUAUACUUCCGGUUGGAUUGUUGGCAACUUUGUUGAUGAUCGAAUUCGAAUAUGCACAAAUUGCUACGCGGAUCGAGUUAAUGGUUUAUUGUUUCCAUUCAACUGCGAAUGCAAUAGCGUUAAUUCUAACAACUCCACCAUUCAGAAGAUUCACUUUUUUCUGGCUUGUCAUGAAACGAACGCCGGUUGUUGUCAGCAUUCAAUGA